GUAGCCCAGUUUGGCCACACCAAGCGCACUUUUAUUUAAAACCGCUACUUUAAAAAAGAAAAAACGUUUGGAAAUGGCACUUUCGGCCGAAAUGGAGAAGGUAAUGGGCCAGGGCAACUGCCUGAUGCCCGAUCUAAACAUUUCGCUGGGCGAUAUGACCAAUCCCACUGAGGGCACUGUCACCAAGAUCAUGGUCCACUAUCUGAGAUGUUUUGGUUUCCGCCUGGAUCCGCCUUAUAAGUCUGGCUGCGAAACCGCCUUCGCGUCGCGGGAGGGUCGGGUCUUCCUCAUCCGGCUCUGCCGCCAAGUGGAGCGCAUCAUACAGAUCAGCUUUCCCAACAAGACCUACACCUAUGUGGACAUAAUGAAACCAGCUGUCAAAAAGACACUCUCCACUUUGAGCUAUCUGUUCAAUUACUUAGCCUACUACAAAGUGUUCAAGAAGAACGUCCUGGGACCCGUGGAGGAGGCCAUCAAGCUGAAGGACUCGCUGACAGCCGAGAUCAAGGCCAAGAGCCAGCAGCUGGAGCAGCGCAGGCAGAAGGCGGACAGUGUGGAAAACGAUACGCGGGAUUGCGAGGUGGCCAUCGACCAGCUCCAGAAAGAACUGAAGGAUAGUCAGGCAAAACUUCAUCAAUUGAGGAAAUCCUUCAGCGAACAGAGCAAUGCUCUGGAACUCCUCGAGCAGCAACAGAUGGAGCUGGACAAGCGCAUCGGUCACUGGGAACAGCUGGUCGUGGAGGACGGUCAAGUGAUGGAACUGACAAAGAAAAUCAAGAGCGCCUGCUCGCACGUCGAGAGCUGCAAGGCCGAGCUGGCAGGCAAGAAGCAGGUGACCAACGAUCAUCGCCAGGUUAUAGAAGCCAGCCAGGAGGUAGUCACUGCUCUGGAGAAGGCCACCGCCGUACUUACUACCAUCAAAGUGGAGGACUAUACGGAGAGCUCCAAGAAGCUAGAGACAGUGGAGAAGCAAGUGUCCGCCUUGGAGGCCAAUUACCAAAUGCGUGGCCUGGAUUCGGAGGUCAAGAAGCAAGAACUCUCCUCUUGCGACCAACAGUACGACGCUCGAAAGCAUAAGCACGAUGUCGAGGGUCAGAAGCUACAAAAGCAAAUUGAAAUGCUGCAGGACGAACUGGAGGAGGGCAAGAAUCGCAUCGAUGACCUGGGCACCGUCCUGCAAGAGCUGAACCAGCGGAAUUUGGGCCAGCACCAGUUGCAGGGCAUUUUGAGUGAGCGGCUCCGCGAGGCGCUCGGUGAAAUUUGGCAGUUCGGUUCCACUUAAUAUACUGAUUUUAUUCUAUAAACUGCAAAA